AUGGACCGUGUCGAGGAAAAAGUGUUGUCGGCCUGGAAAUGGCUCAAACUCAAGUUUAUCCAACUUUUUGCCUUUAUUUUCGGCGAUGACGACUCUGCUUCGCGAGACGUUGAAGGUAUGCAUUCUAUAAGGGUUUAAAAGAUUCGAGAUUCCUUCAAAAUCAUUUGAUCUUCUUAACGUUCAAAUUAUUUGCAACAAGAACGGUUUCUGGAAUCUUCGUAAUCUUUCAAAUUAAACUUUUUUUAGUUUGCAGUUAUAUUCUUUCUCGUUUAUUGUGCUUGGCUCGAUUUCAGCAAGAAGCUUUACGUUUUUAUGGCAAAACUACGAGAAAACAUAUUCAAGCUUGAAAAACCGAGUGUUCGUUUUGAGUUCUUGGUGAUAAGGGACAUUCCUGAAAGCGUAUGUAAUACACCGAUAAGUUCCUAAAAUUUUCUCUCACUCAUCGAAAAAAUGUCCACUCAUAUUAUAACUAUAUAUAUAUUUCCCUUGAAUGUGACCUGUUCACAUUUUUCUCCUUGUCCUAAUACUUUUAGAAUCAAGAGUUCGUUCAACAGAAUCUUCAACUUUUUGAUCAUAAAAAGUUUUUUCUUUUGCCUUUAAAUUUAUCAUUCGAAGGAAAAAAAAAGAGAGCCACACCCAAUCCUUGAUUCCUCUUUCGCUAUGCUACGUAUAUUUUGUAAAUUGCUUGUUUUUAAACCUGUCUAGUACACAUUGGCUCAAAAAGAAUUUCGAACCAAUCAGCACAAAGACUAGUCGUACUAGGGGACAGGUGUGGGACGUCCUUGUAUGGAAGUAAUUAGUAUUUCGGUGUCGACAACCUCGGACGCCGCGAACCAAUUUACAUAACACGCCUUUUCAAAAUGAAGAAGAGAAUAGGACUUCCGUUUUUAUUUUUUCUGAGUCAUGCAGAUUUCGAAAGCUCGAGACGUUAGAAGAAAAAUAAGUAAGCGCUUGAGGGGAACUAGUUCCAGGAAAAGUAGUUUCGAAAUAGCGAUUGUUCACUGGAGAGGCUUGCGCCCUCGUGUAUUGAUUCCAAUCUCCUUAAACAACUAUUUUUGCGCGAUAUUUUUCAGAAUUCUCGUGGAAUUCAUCCAACUUUUUUGAGUUUGCAGCUAUGGCAGCAGCGAAGAAGACAAGCAAUGCUCCAGCUUCCACAGGUGCCCCCGUCGUUCACAAGGUAACAAAGAAAAUUUAAAAAAAUUUAAUUCCAUUGUCUCCAAAUACAUUUUCGUGAUCUGUAAACUCACUUUCCGAACCCCUUUUCUUUAGUAUAAUAGGAACGUGAAUACAAACGAAAAUUUUUUUUAGACCUUAAAAUCAGUUAUUCUUUUCGGAUCUCAAUAACAUAAAAACUUCCGCAACAGAAUUUGAAUUUUUUUAUACUAUGGUAUAUUAUGAAAAGAAAACGUUUAGGUAAUCAUGGUUGGAAGCGGAGGAGUCGGAAAAUCGGCGUUGACUUUACAAUUUAUGUAUGAUGAGGUUCGUUCAAUAAAAGUGAAUAGGUUCCAAAAAUUCAUUUAGUUCGUGGAAGAGUACGAGCCGACGAAAGCAGACUCGUACCGCAAAAAAGUCGUCCUGGAUGGCGAAGAAUGCUCCAUCGAUAUCCUCGACACAGCUGGUCAAGAAGAUUAUUCCGCUAUCAGGUUCUCAUUUGAUUUGAAUUUAUUUUCUCAGCUCUGAAUUAUAGAGAUAAUUAUUACCGAAGUGGGGAAGGAUUUAUUUGCGUUUUCUCCAUAUUGGACGCCGAAUCAUUCGAAGCAACCAACGAGUUCAGGUAAUUUUUCCCUUGUUAUGUUAAAAAAUAUGCGAAAGUUUUUUGCUAUUUCUUCUGUGCGCCCGUACGCUGAGACCAAAUGUUUCAUGAGGAAUCAACAUGACUAUGAUAUUCAUAUCUUGAUUUAAUAGUUGUAUGAGCUCAAUCUACUAAAAUGGCGAUGGGAAAAGCUAUAGUCUGUUCAGAUUUUAAAUGUCAAGCAGCUAACUCCACCCCCAAGGCUACAAUAUCUUUCGCGUCAAUGUUUUAUAUCCAGAUGACGAUGGCCCUUUAAUAAGGCUGCAUUUUUGACUUCUUUUUCUAACUUUUAGAUCGAAAAAGAUCAAAAUUAGUCCCGCGCGUUAAAACAUCGACGCAAAAAGGUACCGUCUCAGCAGGGGCGGAGUUAGCUGGUUUACAUUCAAAAUCUGAACAGACUAUAAACCUGGUUUUUUUUUUAUCAUUUUCCAUUUUCUGAGGACUAUCCUUUCAGGCGAGUAUCUUUUAAAUGUGUUAACAGUCCAUCGCCUAUAAUUGCGUAUGAUGAACUGUUCACAUAACUAAAAUAUAAGCUCUCACCAACACUUAAAUUUCUAACUUUUAAAGUCAGUUUUGUUGAAAACAAAUUUAAGGAAGUUUGGUUUUCUGAAAGUGUGAAGGUUCGAGCAAAAACUUAUAAUUCAAACUUUAGAGAGCAAAUUCUUCGAGUGAAGAAUACAGAUAACGCCGUUCCAAUCGUUCUGGUCGGCAACAAAGGUGAUCUUCGAGAACAGAGAGUCGUUCCUGCAGAGGUGGCAAGAUCAAGGUAAUCAUUCGAAUUAAAUACAGCGAUAAUUUAUCAUAUCGAAAUUUCAUCUUGUUCAGGGCCGAACAAUGGGGUGUCCACUAUGUCGAAACAUCAGCGAAAAGAAGAGAAAAUGUCGAUAAAGUAAGCAUUUCUUUAUACAUUUUGAAUUUUUCCGUCGCCUUGUUCUUCUAAGUGAAUAGAAAAAAAAUUAAGGAUCAUUACUUAAAUAUUUGUUUCUGAAGAAUAAGAACUCUUCAAAGACUUAGAAUAACUCUACACAUCGCCAAGAAAUCUAUAAAUAAGAUUUAUGAAUUGUAGAGUGUAAUUUAACCCAGCUUGAUUGUUUGAUUUUUUCUCUACUGUGGAUAGACGAUUUGGAAUAACGAAGGUUCUUUUCGAACUUGGUCAAUUUACACUUGCUUAUUUUAAAACCCAAUGAGAAACACUGAGCAAAAUUUGGGAAAAUCAAUAGAAAUACUAUAGUUUAGUGGAAUAAAACGAUAUUUCUUUCAGUCAUGAACGCGUUGAAGUAAACUUGUCAAAAUCCUCAAAAGUUGUUUUUUUCAGGUUUUCUAUGAUCUUAUGAGAGAAAUGAAGAGGAGAAAAGGAGGAAACGCCGCUGUUGCCGGUAUCGACGUCAAUAAUAGCUCUGGUCGCAAAAAACGCGGAUUAAAAAAACAUUGCACAAUCUUGUGA